UUUACGGCGCAACAACCUGGACUUCAAACAGGUUGAAUGUUUUGGUUUAGCCUACAGUACUAGCUAUUUUAAUAAAAACAUUUAGGCUAUUGAAAGAGUUUAACAGCGAUUUAAGUGUAGCGUACUGGAAUAUUUUCUUUAAAACAAACAGUGACUCGCUGUUUGACGGUCACUGUAGUUGAUAAGGAUGCUUUUCGGUAAGGAAGCUAACAUUAGCUGGUCGGCUAACGCGGCUUCGGUAACAAAUAUGACGAUAAUUGUGACGCUAAAGAUGAUGAGGAGGAGCAGUGUAUAGAAAACACCGAGCGGACAUUGGAUCGCGCUGAUUUCCUGCUUGUCAAUCAUUGUUCUGUAGGGGUCUCCUGUCUUUGUGUCUGGUUAGCCACUGAACGCACCAGAUAAAGGCAAAACAUCCGGCUGUUUUUAAUCUUUGGAGCAGCGAGUUGCUCCUCCGUGACUUUCUUCCAAUGGGGGAGGAAAAGCCGGACACCCUGGACUUUGUGAAGGAUUUCCAGGAGUAUCUCAGCCAGCAGACUCAACAUGUCAACAUGAUAUCAGGCUCUGUUAGUGGCGUUAAAGAGGUGGACGAGCUGCCAGCAGAAUGCAGCCAGAAUGGGCUGGACCAUCCUUCAGUGGACAUGUCGCUGGAAGAAAGCUCUGGCAUCUUAGUUGAUGGCUUCGAGAGGACCUAUGAUGGCAAGCUGAAGUGCCGCUACUGCAACUACGCCACACGAGGGACAGCUCGACUCAUUGAACACAUCCGCAUUCACACAGGAGAGAAGCCUCACCGCUGCCACCUGUGCCCAUUUGCAUCAGCCUAUGAGCGCCACUUGGAAGCUCACAUGCGGUCACACACAGGUGAGAAGCCUUACAAAUGUGAGCUCUGCUCGUUCCGCUGCAGCGAUCGCAGCAACCUGUCACAUCAUCGACGCAGACGCCACAAACUCCUGCCGAUGAAAGGUGCUCGGUCCCUUUCUCAUAAGAAGAUGCUGAGUGUUCUGCAGAAGAAGGCCAGCUCUCUUGGCUACGGUCGACGGCUCCUCAUCAACUUCAGCCCCCCUUCAAUGGUGGUGCACAAAGCAGACGGUGGGAAUGACUUCUCCCAUGAGCUUCCCCACUUGCUUCAAGAAACCUUCGAGAACCAGAGUGAAGCGAUCGGGGAUGGGCUCUCCUCUAAUCCAAAUCACACUCACCACGAGAUGGUUAUGGAUAACCCUCUGAACCAACUGUCCACCCUGGCAGGCCAGUUAGCCAGCCUUCCCUCAGAAUCCCAGGCCCAGACUCAGCCCCCUAUGUCUCCAGGAGCAGAGUCCAUAGUGGAUGAAAAACCCUUCCUCAUCCAGCAGCCGCACCCCGCCACAGCUCCUGUUGCCGUCACAGCUAGCAUUGCUCACGCUGCCUCUUCUUCCCCCAUCACCCUAGAGCCCAGGGCCCCUCCACACAGUAACUGCAGUCCUGCAGGUGGUCCGUGUAGCGAGCACAGCGGGCGUACCAGCACUCCAAGCAUAUCCAACAGCCAACCCAGUACCCCGGCCCCAGGCCAGUCUGCCCCAAUGCAGGACCCCCACACGCUUCAUCACUGCCAACACUGUGACAUCUACUUCCCUGACAACAUCCUAUACACCAUCCACAUGGGUUGCCAUGGCUAUGAAAACCCAUUCCAGUGCAACAUCUGUGGCCAUAAGUGCAAGAGCAAGUAUGACUUUGCCUGUCACUUUGCCCGCGGGCAGCACAAGUGAUCGCUAAGAACAUUUUAGCACAUGGCUUGUUUUGACCCAAUACAAGUUUUAUUUUUUUGUUCUUUAACUUGGCCUGUAUGUAGCAUAGUCUUUAAAAUUUUACUUGCACACAUCAGUGCUAACAGUCAGAGUUAUUUUUCCUUUUAUACUUAUCGAAGUGCCCAUUCUAGUAUAUUACAGCUGCGUCAUCAGUGCUUUUGACAUCUUGAGAAUCUGUUUGCAGUGAUGGUGAAUGUCACAUUUAUCUAGAUCUAUGUCACUUGAUUACUAUUUAUUUAGAUAUGCACAAAAUUUUGCUAAACAAAUUUCCACAUUUGAAAUGAAGUUUAGUGAGUGGCUAUUUACUAAAUACCUAUUCAGUUUCCUCUGUUGGAUUUGAAGCAUAUCUAUUUUUAAACGUAAACACUAAAAUAUAUAACGGUAUAAUGAUGAAGUCAGAUGUGUUUGCUGGAGCAAUACGAUUUUUAAAUUUGGUCAUAGCAUCUUUUCGCUAUAGAAAAACACUGUCAGGGGUUUACAUGCACUCAGCUUUGCUAUGAAUGAAACAUUUGUGAAGCUGGUUGUUUUCUGGCUUAUAUUCGUCUUUUAAGCAACGCCAAUGAAUUGCCAAGGUUGAAGUCUUAGCUUUGGUACCUCUUCCAGAAGAGGUUCUGGUGUGCUUCACAGAUUCCAGACUCUAUGGAUAUUUUAUACUGUUUGAACACUCAAUUGUGUCCAUGUUUCAAUUUUCUGAGCCGAAAGCCAAAGGCUAAAACCUGCUAUGAACUUGAAGUUGGAAAAUAAAGGAAGCUUACCAAGGCCAUAAAGUGAAAGACCUCUGACCAAGAAUCACUACUGAUUUCAGCAUUAACAUUUCAGUUAAAUUGAAAUAAAAUUUGAAGACUCCUAUGUAGUAAAGUCAGAGGCCUAAGAAAAUGGGCCUAGUUAGCCACAAUGUUGGGAACUAUAUCUUGGGCCAUGGCCAGGCUUAAACAACAUGGGCCUGUUCUAUGGAUGGUGGUAUGGGGGGUUUGUAGAAAGCAAAUUAAUGAAGGAAGAAUAACUUUUAAUAGUUUAAUGCCACAGCUAGAUGGUUUAAUGUUGGACACAACAGUUUUAAACCGAUUUGAUUUUUGCCUCAGUUCAUUGAAUGUAAAAUUUUGACUUAAAACUGAAUUAAAAAAAAAUGGUCCAAUGUUCUUUUUUUUACAUCCGUUACAUUACCAAAAAAAAAAAAGUUAUUGACGCACCUGAAGCUACUUCUGUUUUUUUCUCAGAUAUUAUAGUUGGCCUUACAGUAGUUGAAAUUAUUUCUGUGAUUGGUGCAUUAUUACCAUUUCUUUGCAGUGCCUAACCGUGUCACCCUUUUUGUGUCACAGUUUUAGAUGACUGUUAUUUUAGAAUGAUAUUUCCUCUUCCUAUAGCAGGUAGAGCCAUAACCUUUCCGAAUAGGGGUUUGGUUGUUACAGUUUGAUUAUUGUGAUUGUAUUUUCAACAUUUUAUUGGCCAAAUUUCUGCUCCAUAAAUGCUGCUAACUAAUGUUAGAGCCAAUGCCAGCUUUUCUGUAACAGAAAAUGGCAUUGGUGGUGGAACCUGGCCAAAGGACAGUAAAGAUGGUUUUUGGUCAGCUUUAUAGUGUUGUUUUAAGGUUCCUCCAUCAUGAUGAACUGGUUAACUUGUUUCUUGUAAAUCAUCUGUUCAGAGUUGUGUGAUUUUCUACCUACAUUAUGUCAUUGUCUCACUUUUUGACUUUGUAUGAAGUCAUUUUGUAACCAGUGUCUGUGUGUUUUGUAAAAUAAAUCAGAUGUGUCUCAGGAUUCCCCUGUAGCACCGUGGACACCAUAUUCUAGCCUUUUCUAGUUCUUAAUGAAAAUUUCCAUCAAAAACGAAGAUCACAGUGCUCUUAUAUUAUAUAUUAAGUAUUCUGAAUGGUUGGAUAGAUGUUCAUUUUAAAGCUAUAAAGCAGCUAUUUCAGCAAAAGGGUCCUCUGUCUUUGGUACUAUUGUCUGUUGCUUAUCAACACCUGUAGAGGGCGUAAUUGCUGUUUUUAGGCACUUCCCUGUUUAUUGUACUUUAAUCUAAUGAAGACAUUCUGUAUGAGCCGCCUUAUGUUCUCUGUGUGUUUUAAAUUCAUGAAUGUUAAAAAACCUCUGGCUGUCAUCAUUUCUCUGAGCUGAAGUGGCAGAAGACUUUAUUGUGACAUGGAUUAAUAAUUUAUAAGUAAAGUGUUUUCUAAUUGACUUUCA